AUGCCUUUCACCAAGUUGCAGAAGAACUCGGCGUACUACAGUCGCUACCAGACUAAGUACAAGCGCCGUCGUGUCGGAAAGACCGAUUACUAUGCCCGCAAGCGCCUCAUCACCCAAGCCAAGAACAAGUACAAUGCGCCAAAGUACCGUCUCGUCGUCCGCUUCACCAACCGCGACAUUGUCAUGCAGAUCGUCACCUCCGAGAUUACUGGCGACAAGGUCUUCUGCGCUGCCUACUCCCACGAGCUCCGCGCCUACGGCAUUGAGCACGGUCUUACCAACUGGGCCGCCGCAUACUGCACUGGUCUCCUGAUCGCCCGUCGUGUUCUCAAGAAGCUCGGCAUGGACGAGGAUUUCGCCGGUGUUGAGGAGGCUGAUGGAGAGUACAAGUUGACCGAGGCUGGUGAGGACGAGGACUCCAGACGCCCAUUCAAGGCUUUCCUUGAUGUUGGUCUUGCCCGCACUUCCACUGGUGCCCGUAUCUUCGGUGCCAUGAAGGGUGCUUCCGACGGUGGUAUCCUCAUCCCCCACUCCGAGAACCGUUUCCCAGGUUACGAUAUCGAGAGCAAGGAGCUCGAUUCCGACACCCUCCGCAAGUACAUCUUCGGCGGCCACGUCGCUGAGUACAUGGAGACCCUCGCCGACGACGAUGAGGAGCGAUACAAGUCCCAAUUCCAGGGCUACAUCGACGACGAGAUUGAGGCUGAUGGAUUGGAGGAGCUCUACACCGAGGCCCAUAAGGCUAUCCGUGAGGACCCAUUUAAGAAGGUUGAUGAUGCCGGUGAGAAGAAGACCAAGGAGGAGUGGAAGAAGGAGGCUCUCAAGUACAAGGGCCGCAAGCUCACCAAGGAGGAGAAGGUUGAGAGAGUCAAGGCCAAGAUUGCAGAGCUCAAGGAAUAA